AUGGCGUGCUGUGGGAGGCCAAACAGGAGUGACGUUCAUUUGUCAAAUGAAGAAGAGGCAGAGAUAGAGUCAAAGACAAGAGAAUACUUCGAUGGAGUCACUCCCAAACGUCACACUAAGCCUCAACGUAGCGAAUACACAUCAUCUCAAUACGUCGAUUCUCUCUCUAACCCUAAUGAAGACUCAGAAAUUCCUGAACUUGUUGAGUUUCAACGUCUGGAAAAUGAUACUGAGCAGAAAAUAGUUGUGAAUAGAAGUGAGGUUGGGGAGGAGUUUGUGGAAACAGAUUACUAUAAGGAUCUGAAUUGUGUUGACAAGCAGCACCACACAACAGGAACAGGGUUUAUCAAAGUACCCAACAAAAGUGACAAAAAUUACAACCUGGCACCUGAUACCAACAUUGACUGCCAUGCCUCUUGCCAGUGUAACCCAGCAACCAAUGACUGGAUCCCAGAUGCUGCUGAUUCAGCACCACUUCCUUCAGGCAAGCCAGGCAAGAGUGAGAAUUAG